UCACAAUCUGUGGUAAAAAAAUUCGGGCAGGCGAGCCGGCCGGAUCGCUUUGUACCAAAUUUUUAUAAAUUUCGCAUUGAUUUGUUGUUUUAGAUAUUUAUUUCAGGGGUAAAGUAGCGUAACCAUUGCAAUAUGGCUCAUUUUAAAUUAAUAUGCUCGACGAAAGCUUCAGAUGUUAUUCCUGUUAAUAAAUACGUGUCGGAGAAGACUGGUUUAACCGUAAUCAUAGCAGAAACCGAAGGACCCCUUGUGAAUGGAUUUUUCUGUCUUGCUACGGAAGCCCACGAUGAUGAUGGUCUGCCUCAUACUUUGGAACAUCUCAUUUUCUUGGGUUCCGAAAGAUACCCCUAUAAAGGCAUAUUGGACCUCCUGGCGAAUCGGUGUAUGGCCCAUGGAACUAAUGCAUGGACUGACACUGACCACACAUGCUACACUAUUUACACCGCUGGGGAUGCAGGAAUGCUGACCUUGUUGCCGAUAUACUUGGACCACAUUUUGAAUCCAACUCUCACCGAACAUGGCUUUUUAACCGAAGUCCAUCAUAUUGAUGGUGACGGGGAGGAUGCUGGAGUAGUAUAUUGUGAAAUGCAGGGACGUGAAAAUAAUGCUGAUAGCAGAUGUGAACUGCGUUUGCUUCGAGCAAUGUACCCAGACAGUGGUUAUUCGGCAGAGACUGGUGGAAUCAUGAACAAUCUCAGGACUUCCACUGAUAAUACGAAAGUAACCAAUUUCCAUAAGAAGUUCUAUCGUGCAGAAAACCUCACAAUCAUUCUCACUGGACAGAUCUCGGCAGAAGAUGUGUUCAAUGCAAUAGCCAUUGUGGAGGAUGACAUCAUUGCAAAGAGAGCGAAGGAACCGCAGGAAGAUUGGGUGAAGCCAUGGCAGACCAUCCCUCCUAUGCCGAAGUAUGGAGAACUCAAGGAGCAGUGGCCCGCAGACACCGAGGACUGUGGUCAGGUGCUGUUCGGCUGGCGCGGGCCCAUCUUGCUAGAAGACAACGCUAUGAAGGACCUGACAGGGUGUGCGGUUCUACUCCGCUACCUCUGUGACACGGCCGCGGCGCCGCUGCAGAAAUGCCUGGUCGAAAGGGAAGACGCCCUCGCCGGCGAUGUCUCAUACAACCUGACGGAGAAUAUCGCGUCACUCAUCAAGAUCGAACUAGACAAUGUGCCCAUGGACAAGUUAGAACUGGCCAGAGACGAGGCUCGGAGGUGUCUAGGAGCGGUCAGGUCUGGCGAGGAGCCCAUAGACAUGGACAGGAUGAAGCGACUGCUGAAGAAACAGCUGAGAGAGAGCCUGGCUAGUCUGGAAGCGGACCCGCAUCACGCCGUGGCGUUCAGGUGCAUCGGUGACGCGCUGUAUUCUCAGAAUGAGAAGGACUUCGUAGACCGCAUGAACCCGCAGUACCAGCUUCAAGAGCUGCUACAGGAAGACGCGGCGUACUGGCUGGGGCUGUUAAGGAAAUUCUUCACCGAUGACCUGGUCACCAUCGUGGGCUCGCCUAGCAUUGAUCUGCAAGCAAAAAUGGCAGAAGAAGAAAAAAAUAGGAUCGAAUCGCAAAAAGAAGAACUGGGUGAGAGUGGAUUAGCUGAAAAAGCGCGUCUGCUCGAAGAGGCCACUGAAUUUAAUAAUCGUCCACCGCCUCCCGGCACGCUAGCGUCGGUCCCGGUGCCGUCGUGCGACAACCUGAAGUGCCACGUCAUCCAGACCUGGAGCACGGGCGGCGAGCCCUGCCCGCACUUCGACCUGAAGGAGCUGCCUCUCUACACCAGGGUGCACAGCUUGAAGACCAACUUCGUUUAUAUCAACCUAGUCCUAGACAUGACGUCAGUGGAGCAGAAGUGCCGCAAGUGGCUCCCUCUGCUGCUAAACGCGUUGGCCGAGUGUCCAGUCCGGCGCGGCGACAAGCUUAUCCCCCACGAGGACGUCAUCUCUACCACUGAACAGCUGACGGUGCUGUUCUCUAAUAACAUCGGCUUCAAUUCCGGAGGAAACUUCUCGGUUGGAAGCUACGGGAAUUUCUUGCAUAUUGAUACAAGGUGUGAACCCCAAGAUUACGAAGAGGUUGUGAACCACUUGUACGAAAUUCUGUACACAGCUGAACUGACCAAAGAGAGGUUGCUGGUCUUCGCACAGCGGUUGAUCAACGAUGCAGCUCAGGUCCGUCGCAACGGCCACAAGAUGGUAUACGACACACUGCGUGACCUACUCUACUGUAAGGACAGUAACGUGCACUGGUGCUCCGUGCUACGUCAGCUCAAGUUCCUCAAGGAGCUGGUGGAGCAACUCAACGCGGGUGGAGACGCCGCUUCAGCUGCCCUCCGCGACGCUAAGGAGACCUUCAAGUGUAUCGCGGCGCGGCCGUGGCUGCACCUGGCGACGGACUUCGACCGCUACAAGCUGCGUACGGAGCCUUGGAAACAGUUUGCGCACGAAAACGAGAUCACUCCGCUAGAACCCCGGCUGUACAUGGACGCGUCAUUGAUGUCAGACGUCAGCGGCGGCUUCGUGGUGGGCGUGGGCGGCGUGGAAUCAUCGUUCCUGGUGCAACUGAGCGCCGGGCCCGCCGGCCACGCCGCCGCCGCGCUCGCGCCGCUCACCGUCGCGCUCAACUACUUCACGCAGCUCGAGUCGUUCCUGGUGCAACUGAGCGCCGGGCCCGCCGGCCACGCCGCCGCCGCGCUCGCGCCGCUCACCGUCGCGCUCAACUACUUCACGCAGCUCGAGGGCCCGAUGUGGCGGCUGAUCCGCGGCUGCGGGCUGUCGUACGGCUACGGCAUCCGGCCGUCGCAGCACGAGGCGCGUCUGGCCUUCUCGCUGUACCGCGCCAACAACGCCGUCGCCGCCUACUCCAAGACUAAGGCUAUCGUGGAAGAGUUCUUAGCGGGCGGCACGUUCGACGAAGAACUAUUCGCGUCGGCCAAGAGCACGGCGCUGUUCGAGGUGGUGCAGACGGAGAAGUGCCCGGCCGACGUCGUGUGCCAGUCGCUGUGCAACUACGUGCGCGAGGUGCCCGCCACCUACACGCGUGAGCUGGUGUGCGCGAUCGCAGCGGUGACGGCGGAGGAAGCGCGUGAAGCCGCGGUCCGCUGGCUGGGCUCGCUGUUCAAGCCGAGCGCCGCGCUCGCCAUCGUCUGCCACCCCACUAAGGUCGCAGACAUACAGACCGCCUUCGACAAGAUUGGCGUGAAAUUGGACGCAUUUGAAUCCAUGGAGGCGUCCCACUUCAACAACUGAGUGCUGCUAUGUAAGCAUAAGUAUACCUCUACCUACAUUAUUUAUAAAUACAUGAACCGUAUGUAAUUUUAUAAGUAUUUUAAAUAACCGGAUUAUUUAAAUGUAUAAGUAUAACGAAAGAUGAAUAUGUAUAAAUAACGCAGAAUUUUAAUCUUUUAAAGUGACUGUUUCUUGGCUGUGCCUUAUUUUAAAUAUUGAAAAACACUAUCUCCAGCUCAAAAACGCCCUUUUUGUUAAUAACAUUCACAUAAUUAUUAGUGUUUAAGUAAUAAAUAUUUACAUUAAUUGUAAUCGCGUUUUGUGUUAAAGAAAUAAAAAGCCAUUUAUUAAAUA